AUGGAAAGUUUAGAUGAUAUUAUAGAAGAUGCGAAUAAAAAUAUUAAAAAGGUGUUUCUAGCAGGGGUUGCACCUGAAUUUCGACAAGAAGCAUAUAUAAUUGGUCUUAAAUUAACAUUGGAUAGAUUGGCACAGGAGCUAGAGUUUGCGCAAAAAGAUGAUUGUUCUUCAAAGCCAGCCAAUAAAUCUCUCUACCCCGCUCUAUUUGUUUCCCGAUUGUGGUACAGAUGCGGUGCUACCAUUUUAUGGAGACGCAUUGAGCUAAAGGGAGGGGAAGCAGAAAAUCGAACUCGAUUAGAAAGAUUUUUAAAAAUAGUACCCGGAGGAGGAAGAAAGCCAGUUUAUAGCUCAAAACUAACUCAUCUUAAAAUAACACGCUACCCUUCACUUUCAAAUAAAAAAAUCAAAGGCAUUGUACAUACUUUCCAAAAUAUAAUUCAUUUAGAUUUCGAAGAAAGUACAGACUGUAUUGGUAAAACUCUAAAGCUAAUAGCGAAAUCAUAUCCAAAUUUGGAGUAUCUUAAUAUAUCUGCUUUACGUUUAAGAUUUAAAUCAGAAAAUGAUAUAGGUUUAUCUGCAAUUGCAAAUUCAUGCCAUAGAUUAGAAUAUCUAAAUAUCUCUAAUCGCACAGAAUUUUCUGAAAUAUCAAUUUGUAAUGUUAUUCGCUCUUGCCCAAGGCUCCAGCAUCUUGACCUUAGCUUUUGUAAAAUUAGCAAUAUAACUAUCGAAGAAAUUGCCAGAUCAUGUCUUAAUUUAAAAUAUCUUAAUUUGAGGGGGUGUUAUAAAAUUAGUAAAGAAGCCGUAGAUCAGCUGGUUUCCUCGCUUAGUCCAAAUAUCAAUAUCGAGAAUUUUGUGGAUACUAUAACGCCUCCUGAUCUCAUUGGGGUGGUUAGAAAUCAUCUUACACAUAACAAUGUUGCUAGUAGACAGAUUUUAGCUCAGAGCCUUCAGAGCCUUUUAGACCUAA